AUGGCUAUAUUAAAUCAUCCAUCCAAUCAAGUUUAUCCGCAACGACGGCAUCGACGCCAAACUUGGCCAUCUACCAAACUUCAAUCUCGUAAAAAUAUUCACGGCAAUCAAGGUCGAUGCCAACUAUUCAAACAACGACGACAAUUAUUGCGUAAUUUUAGACGGCAAGUUGUAACCACCCUCUGCAAAAAUAAUUAUUCGCCCCAGAGUUUCUCUCGAUCUAUAUUAAAUGCUAUUAAAGCAUUAGCGCAUAUCAUCAAGGAGUGGCUGAUCUUAUUGGUUCGCUUUAUGUGGAAUGUAAUUUGCCUUAACUAUGCUGAAAUUGCCGAACAAGCAGAUUAUGGCGAUAAAACCAAUAUAAGCAGUAUUUUAUCUAGGAGAAUGAAACAAGUUACCUAUAAAAAUUAUCGACUUAACUUAGGAGAUGAUCUCUAUGGUAAUAUUAUUCGAUUACCAUUCAGCUAUAUGUUUAUAGUUAUUAGUACGAUCUAUCUAGGUGUUAGCGUUGUCUUUGCUAUAACUUAUUUCCUAGCUGAUGUUGUCGAUCUUGAAUUAGCUUAUUCUCCUUGGUACUGGCUAGUUUAUAGUUUAUCUGUAACGACAUGUUUAAGCUCGGAAGGUUUAGAUAUUAGUCGUGUCCAUAUCGGUAUACUCUUGAUCGCUAAUUUACAAGCUUUUAUAGCUCAGUUGUUAUUGGCAUUUGUCACCGGCAUCGUUUUUGCUCGAUUCUCACGACCUUCUCGCCUAAUUCAAUUCUCUGAAAAGUUAAUUAUUAAUUCAAUCGAUGGUACUGAUUAUAUUCAAGGAAGGUUAACAACAAUUCGACCCCGACUUAUUGUUAGCGACUGCCAGAUAAAAUUGUUUAUCGUACGGCCCUAUCAGACUAGAGAAGGAGAAAAUGGUGUCCGAACUACAGAACUCCCAUUAACAAAUAGUAUAUUACCUACAUUGGAUAUCAUGAUCAAAUUUUCACAUCAAUUAAAUGAUGAAAGUUUGCUUCGACAAGGAUUAGAGACUCCAAAUGAGGAUUUUUUCCUAUUGGCCUACUUUACUGGCACGGAUGCUUGUUCUUACAAUACCAUGUAUGAAUUAAGGCAUUAUCGACGCGAAGAUAUCAAAAGAAACCAUCAAUUUGUGAACAUGGUCUCUCAGCUCGAAGCUGAAGAUGAUACUAAAAAAUUGACAGUCGAUUUCUUCAAAUUAAAUCAACUCGUUCCACUUGAUCAAACUAAACAAGAGUUAUCAAAACUGCAAUAA